AGGGAACAAAAGAAAUCACGUGGCUCUCUCCUUCCACGACAUUAUCAACCUUCCUCUUCACCCACUCCACAGAAACCCUAAAGCUCCACCUUUCCCCCUCCCAUGGCGUCCAUCACCACCAUCGGAGAUCUCCCUGACGUCAUCCUCUGCAACAUCUCCGCCCUCGUCUCCGACUCACGAACCCGAAACUCCCUCUCCCUCGUCUCCCGCAAAUUCCUCGCCCUCGAGAGGGCCACUCGCUUCUCCCUCACUCUCCGUGGCAACGCGCGUGACCUCUUCCUCGUCCCCGCCUGCUUUCGCUCCGUCUCUUCCCUCGAUCUCUCCUUCCUCUCUCCAUGGGGUCAUUCCCUCCUGGCCUCCUCUCCCGCCGAUCACCAGUCCCUCCUAGCUCGCCGCCUCCAAGCCUGUUUUCCCGUCGUCGAGAGCCUUGCCGUCUACUCUCGAUCUCCGGCAACCCUCGACCUGUUGCUCCCUCACUGGCCCAAGCUCCGCCGCAUCAAGCUCGUGCGGUGGCACCAACGCGCCGCCGGGAUCCCACUGGGCGGUGAUUUCGUCCCCAUCUUCGAGCACUGUGGCUCGCUGGAGUCGCUGGAUCUCUCCGCCUUCUACCACUGGACGGAGGAUCUGCCUCCGGUCCUUCGCGCGUACCCCGACGUCUCCGCGAAGCUCACGCGCUUGGAUCUCAUGACGGCGUCCUUCACGGAGGGUUACAAAUCGAGCGAGAUCGCCGAAAUCACCAAAUCCUGCCCUAAUCUGAUGGAUUUCCGAGUCGCCUGCACGUUUGAUCCGAGGUACCUGGGGUUCGUCGGAGACGAGACCCUCUCCGCCGUCGCCACCAACUGCCCCAAGCUCACUCUCCUCCACAUGGUGGAUACGUCGUCUCUGUCGAACCCUAGAGCCGGUUUCGACGGCGGAGGAGACGCAAAGAUCACGCCGGCGACGCUGGUGGAGGUUUUCUCAGCUCUUCCGGAAAAUGGAGGGCGGAAAGAGAAUGAUUACCAUCACGAUCACCGCCCAUCCAAUGCCUUAGAGGCCAUGAACACGAAAUGCAAAAAGCUAAGAGUACUGAAGCUGGGUCAGUUCCAAGACGUUUGCUCCGCCUUGGAUUGGCGGCGGCUCGACGGCGUGGCCUUGUGCGGAAGGCUACGGUCAUUGUCGAUAAAGAAUUCCGGCGACUUGAGCGACAUGGGUCUCGUCGCGAUCGGGAGAGGGUGUUGCAAGCUGGCUAAGUUCGAGGUUCAAGGAUGCGAUGAUAUAACAGUGAAGGGGCUUAGGACAAUGGCUUCUCUGCUGAGCAAGACACUGUCCGAUGUUAAAGUAGCUUGCUGUAAGAAUCUGGAUGCUGCUACUUCGUUGCGAGCUAUGGAGCCGAUCCGCGAUCGGAUUCGAAGACUGCACAUCGAUUGCAUUUGGUCGGGAUCCGAGGGGGGAGGAGCAAACGGGUUCGAUCUAAACGAAUCUUUCCGUGAAGAAGAAGAGGCGAGUGCGGCCAAUGAUGAGGAGAGGAGACAGAAGAGAUGCAAGUACACAUUGGAUGGAGAUCACUCGUUUUCAGGCAGCAAUGACGACAACGGGAUUUGGGAGAAACUGGAGUAUCUGUCUCUAUGGAUCGGUGUCGGAAACCUUCUGACACCAUUGCCAAUGGUGGGGCUCGAAGACUGUCCGAACUUGGAAGAGAUCAGGAUCAAGAUCGAGGGAGAUUGCAGGGGAAGACACAAACCAGCAGAGCCAGAGUUUGGGUUGAGCUGUCUGGUCCAGUACCCGAAGCUCACGAAGAUGCAGUUGGACUGCGGGGACACAGUCGGGUAUGCCCUGACUGCACCGCCAAUGCAGAUGGACCUGAGCUUGUGGGAGAGGUUCUUCUUGACAGGGAUCGGGAGCUUGAGCCUGAGCGAGCUCGAUUACUGGCCGCCUCAGGACAGGGACGUUAACCAGAGGAGCCUGUCCCUUCCGGCGGUCGGAUUACUACAAGAGUGUCUGACACUGAGGAAGCUCUUCAUCCACGGGACUGCUCAUGAACACUUCAUGAUGUUCUUUCCGAGGAUACCUAACCUGAGGGAUGUUCAGCUGAGGGAAGACUAUUACCCGGCGCCCGAGAACGACAUGAGCACCGAGAUGAGAGUCGCUUCUUGUAGCCGCUUCGAAGACGCUUUGAACAGCCGAUACAUCGACGACUGAGAUCUGUAAAAAAACUGUUAAAAGAGAGGAUGGUAACCAACCAAAUGUAACCUUUAAUAGUUUGUAUUAUUAUGAUCUUAUUAUGUUUU